AUGGGCGUGGGCUUCCUUGCAAGGUUCGGAGACAUUUGCUCAAGUGUGGUGGAGGGCAUCAGCGAGGGCAUCAACUUCGGCUUCAACAGUUACUGGACUGCUUGGCAGGGCUACUAUGGCGAAAACGAGGCUCUGGACGGAUGUGCGGACUACACGGAUGGAGCCAUGUACAAGGCGUUCUGUGAUCUCCAUUGCAUCGAGGAUGAGGUGCUGAAGGGCAACGCGGCUGUGCUUCGGUCCAUGAAGACGCAAGAGACCCAUGUCAUCAGCACGCUGCAUGACAUGCUCAAGUGGUACACCACAGAGUUGUUCGACAAAUUGAAGGAGACGCAAGACCAAAGCACUCAUAACACCAAAGAGCAAGAGAGGAUUCAAAAGGCUUACUUUGAGCAGCUGGCUACCAUGCAGACGGACUAUGCCGGUCAGCUGAACACGCAGAUUGACCAGCUAGGAGUCGACAUCAACAGCCGCUUCGACAACAACGUGGUUGACCCUCUCAAUGCUCUGCAAGGGCACCUGAAGACCAUGAACGACAACCUGAUCAGCCUGGGGAAGUGGCUGGCGGACCGGCCGAUCUUCGCAGAGGACGAUGGCGGCUGGACGCCACCCACUUCUGUCUUGGCCGCAUCCAGUGUCCCCAAGGUGUCGAUGCAGGCCCAGGAAGCCUAUGCACAUCUCGUGACGGUGCACGGCGAGGUGGGGCAGCUCAUGGAGGCUUUGCACGGAAAGGUGGGACCUGAGGUCUUCCGAGACGAGCAGAAGCUGCUUCCCUUGGUCUCCGGCCUCCUCUCGGAGCUUCGUGGCCUCAAGGAGACCAUGCAAAAGGAGCCACGUAAACAGGGGGCCUUCGGGGAGGAUGAGAGAGCUUCCCUUGUGAACGUGUCCAACCUGCGGUCCACAGCACGGGUCUUGCGCCACUACCGACACGAGCUGUCCGGGCUGCCUCCGGAGACCUUCAAGGAAACUUUUCAUCGCCGGACGACGAAGAGCCUUCAGCCUGCCUUGCGCCGCUUCCGCAAGCAGGCUUUGCUGGUGGCGACCUUGUCCUCCAGCCUCGUCCAGUUCGGCCUCAGUCCUAAAACCAGCCAGGGCGGUGAACUCACGGGCAACAGUGCAGACAGGGCAGAGCGGUACCAGAAUUUGAUGAUGCUGAUCCACCGCGACGUUAGCGAGUAUGUCCAGAAGGCCAGGGCCUUUGUGACCGCGCACAAGGAUGCGUUGGCGCAGCUCCUCCCUCCCGUCGGGGACUGUGGUGCGAACGUUGUGGAUGUCGGUCGCCAGAUGGCUGAGAUGCGACUCAAAGAGCAGGAUCACGUGGUGUUUUUGCUACGGACGUGGCGUUCCGUGUCUCAAAAUCUCGACUUCCUGGCGAACCUCGUGGUGGACGGACAAUUCUUGGAGGCCAGCAAUUCGGGUUCAAGUUUCUAUUAA